UUAUCUGAUGUGUUAAAUGUGAAAUAAAUUUAUUGUCUUUUAAUGUAUUAUAAUUAUUUAAAUAUAUUUUACAUUUUUACUAUGAUAAUUAAUCAUUCAGCAAAAUUUUUAAAUUGAUGUAUUUUGUUUUUUGAAUGAGAUUUAUUUUUAAAUAACCCAAAUAUUUUGAUUAAUUAAUUUUAUGAAUGUUUAUCAUUUUAGAAUUGGUUUUAACUAAUUAUUUAUUAAUUGAAGUAAUAAAAUAUGCAGCCUUCCCAAGCGGUUAUGGUAGGCCAACAAGGUUUUAAUGUUGGGCCUGUACUACAACCUAACAUGCAACCACAAGUUCCUGGAACACAACAUGUAUUAGCUCCACCAGUAAAUCAAAAUCCAGUUGGAGUAAGUUCUGUUUCACAACCAUCAGUACCACCUUCGAAUCCAAACCAAUCUACAUCAAGUAAUCAAUUUAAUACUGCUACAUUAUGCCGAUUUGGGCAAGAAACUGUUCAAGAAAUAGUCUCGCGUACACAUGAAGUAUUUCAAAUCCUUAAAGUUAUUAUGCCUCCAAAUGGUACUCCUUCUGGAGCAACAAUGAGUAAUGAUCGGCGUAUAAAAAUGCAAGAUCAUUUAAGACACAUAAAAUUACUUUUUAAAAGGUUAAGAAUUAUAUAUGAAAAAUGUAAUGAUAGUUGCCAAUUACAAGGUAUGGAAUACAUGCAUAUGGAAGGAUUAAUACCACUUCAAGAAGAGUGGGACAUGAAAUCUGAAGAAAAAAAAACUAGCGAAACUUACCGUGUUGUCAAUGAUGAAUUAAAAGAAGUUUCUGAACAACUAAAUGGAAAAAAUCGACAUUUAAAAGAAAUAAUUGAUCAUCUUCGCAGAAUUAUUUGGGAGAUUAAUACUAUGCUAGCAAUGCGGCGCUCAUAAAUAAUAGUAAUGUUAUAAAAUUUACCUUAGUUGUUUAUUAUGAUAAAAUCUAUGGUAAGUAUAUAGUUAGUGAUGAAAGUUAAGUUUUUAAUUUUUAUCAAUUAAAUUCUAUACUAACGAAAAAUUAUUUUUUGAUGUAUAUAAGUAUUAAAUUAUUAAAUCAUAAACAUAAUUAUAAAAUUAAAGCCUAAAAUCUGAAAUUUUGUUUAAUUGAGUAAUGUACAAAAAAAAAUCAUCCAAAUAUAAGGUUUCAUCACAGAAUAAACAAAUCAUUUUUUUUUUUCAAAAAAGUAACCAUUUCAAUUUAAUCUGUUGCAUUUUAUGUAUAAAAUGUAUUGAUUUCUUAAUUGAGUACUAUUAUUACACCUCAAUAAUUGAAUAAAUUUUUUGAAAAACUAUUAAUCAAUUACAUUAUGUUUUUCUUGGACAAUUACAUCAUUUUUGAAUAGUAUUGAUAUAUAUAUAUCCAGUCCAUUAAAGAGUUAAAUGAUAUUUUUAGUGAAAACAAGGCACAAAUGGUUAAGCAAUAAAAUAAUCGUAGAAAAAAAAAAUGCUGUCUUUUACAUCAAUAAUAAAUAUUUAAUUUUGAAAUUGCAUUUUAUAGUACCAUCGAAUAAGCCAACUUGGAGCACUUAAAUACUUUACAGAUUUAAUCACUUAAUUUUUGUAAACAAGAAUUUUAUGUUUCUUAAUAAUACUUUUAAAAUUUUUAUUGUGCUGUAGAUUUAUACGACUAAAAUUAUAAUAGAUAUUUAACUGGCCCAUGUUGAACUAUUUGACAGUAUUUAAAAAAAUUGAACACAAAUUAAUUUUCAUAGCAAUAAAAUAUUUAGAUGAAUCAUUUAAAUGUCAAGAAAAUAGAGCAGAGAUGAUAAUGCUUAGAUGUAUGAGUAGAGUGACUAGAGAAGAUAGGAUAAGAAACAAACAUAAAAGGGAGUAUAGAUGUAACAUCAAUACUGGAUAAGACAAGAGAAAGUAGACAUAGAUGAUUUGGUCAUGUUAUGAGAAGAGAGGAAUUGUGAAGCUAUAAAAACAGUAAUAGAAAUGAAUGUUGAAGAAAGAAGAGGUUGAGAAAGACCAAAAAAUAGAUGGAGAGAUGUUAAUGAAUGUGAUGUGAGAACUUUAGGAUAAGGGUGGCCAACUCCAAGUGGUUGAGUUAAAGACAAAGAAAAAGAUGAA